AUGAACGACGAAAACGAGGCAGCAAUUGAGGGUGUCACCUCAACCAAGAGCCCACAAGAACAUACUAUAUAUCGCGGUAAAUCAGUCGAAGUUCCUUCAAAGCUAGCACUUCGCCGACAAAAGACUCACGUCGACGACAACCAUUCAGUUGGGACUAUUUCGACUUCAUAUUCCAAGGCCCAUUCUGCUACCUUUUCGGCUCCUCACUUCGACUUCCACAUGCAUUCUCCAUCGGCGACGACUCCAACCACAUCUCGACCUCAAAGCCCAACAAGGCUGACCUCUGCGCCGGGCCAAGCCAUGGAGCUUGGUCUUGUUGGUAUCGGGGAGCAUGUGAACGCAUUGCCCUCAGGCAAGUUCGCAGAUUUGCCGAUUCUUUCUCGAGAUUCCCGCCUACCAGAAUCCCAGCUCCCCUCUGGCGGAGCUAGUACUCCGACUGGUAUCUACAGCGCGGCUGAGUCACCGAAUAGUGCUCGAGAGUCCGACUCUGGUUCUGAUAUCUGUCGCUCUGAUUUUGAUUUAGAGAGUGCUGCCAACAUUGCUUUAUCCCGUUCUCUUGGGGUGUGUCUUAACCGACUCAGUCACCCUCUUCGUGUCAUCGAGGCGUUCUCCAAGUUUAAAGAUCAGUGCGUCGAAAUUCUGCAGCAAGAGGAAACGUUCUCGACAAUUGACUGGGACGAUGACGGCUUUUCCUGCUAUGACGUCGAAGAGGGAGAUGCUAGCGACGGCAACUCGGCAUUUGAUGAGACAUCAAAUCGAGCUCAACAAUCAGAGUCAGGAACAAAGAAGCGACCGGCUGAAGAGCGAGGCGGAGACGAUGAGCACGACGAGAUGGACAAGAAUGCUGGUCAAGACCAGGGCCCAACUAGAAGAGGACGCAGCAAGAGACGAAAGAUCGGGCGUCCAGGGGGUUUCAGCUGCCCCUUUAGAAAACGCAACCCUUGGAGAUUCAACGCCCGGGAUUUCGAUGCUUGUGCCAAUAAGCCCUACAAGCAAAUGGCAGAAUUAAAGCCUGACUCGGCACAAUCACAUAGGAGACAUAUUAGCGCUGAGCACGGGAACCAGUGGUGUACUUACUGUGGGCAACCGCGAACGGCUGGAGACCACCCGCCUGAAGUUUGUCUUCGCAACCGACAGUUGAAUCCUAAUUCCGAACCAAGAGAUCCCGAAGAUGGCGUGGACAGUCUCAAAGAUGAGUCUCUUAAAAGUCGUGCUGCAGGCUGCAAAAUUCAAACUUGGGGGCAAUUGUGGAAUCUGCUUUUUCCCGAUGAUGAAGAGAUACCUUCGCAAACUUUUGAUCCUGUGAUAGAACACCACGACAUAGCCGCUGAGGGAUGUGAGACUUUCAUCCUGAACACUGCCGAAGACAUCUUCGCUUUUAUACCACAAGGUUCUGGUCUGUCAUUACAGACCAUUCAGGAGAUCCUACAUAGAGGGACGAAAGUUCUUCUCCAAGGCUCCAAGUAUGCUGACUAUGAGCGUUACAAGAUGGCGGGAAACAACAAUAUGAUGCAGAUGUCAACACCCAUGAAGGGCAAGGCUGCUGUUUCGGUGAUUCACAGUCAAGUCGACGACGUUUUCGAUGAUGGCGAGUCGCCGGGUGUAAUUGUCACACUACAAUCUUCGCCCCAGGGCGCACCUGUGAUAUACAAUAGUACAUCAACUGGUUUGAAGUCCUCUUCAAUUAGCCGCGAACGACUGAUUGCACCUAAAGUUGAGCGAGCCCCCACGCCAAAUGUUACCCAGAAGAAUGGGCCUCCCAUCUCCACUGGAGGUCAUCAACCCCCCAUCGUCUCGGAUCUACCAGCUGGGGACACUUUCGAUUGGCCAGGCGUGGACUUUCAGAACUGGGAUGGGGGUUACGGGGACGAGUUUGUGUGUAUGGAAGGUGCGACCACCGAAGAUUUCUGGCCGUCAUAA